AUGGAGUACAGCUUACUAUCACAAAUUAAUCCAACAAGGCACAAUUGGUGCAUCAAGGUUAGAGUUGCUAGGAUGUGGCAGCUAUCUGGGACUUCUAAGGGGAAAGAUUUUACUGCUAUGAAACUUGCUCUGGUUGAUGAAGAGGGUGUAGGUAUCACAGCUUGCAUUGGGCAGAAGGACCUUAACAAAUUUGCUAAAACUUUGGUGGAAGGACGAUCUUAUAUGAUUAAAAAAUUCCAAGUUAGUAGGCAAGCAAAGAAGUUCAAUGCUGUGCCCAACACACACACAAUCUUUUUUACACUAUGGACUGUUGUGGAGGAGGUACCUACUGAGUUAUCCAACAAUCUUCCACUCUAUAUUUUUAAUUUUGUGGACUUUGAGGGCUUAGAUCGCAGAGCAAGGAACGACCAUGGUUUAGUAGAUGUUAUUGGACAGCUUACAGUUAUCCAUCCAGUGGUGCAAUUUAGCGGUCUAAAUGGCCCUUCUAUUAGGCAAUCAGUAGAACUACGUGAUUUAAGCGAUCAGCUUUUAUCAAUAACUUUGUGGGGUGAACAUGCAACAUCUUUUGAGGAUGAGUUCCUUAUUGAAACCAUCGGUAAAGAUGAACCAGUUGUAAUCAUUUUUGCUGGGAUGAAAGUGAGGCAAUACUUAGGUGCUACAACCUGUGGGAGUGGUGCUGCAACAAAAUGGUAUAUGAACAUUGAUAUUCCUGAAGUUAAUGCUUUCCGUGCUAGCCUACAGGGAAGAGGUUCCGAAGUUCUGUUCCUACCAGGGGAUAGUGAUGCAGCAGCAGGUGAUAUUGACAAGGCAAUUUCUAAUAGGAAGACUGUAUCAGAGCUCCUCUCCUUGGAUCCUCAUGACACUGAUGAUGUAUGUUUUACUUGUGAUGCAAAGAUAAAGGAAAUCGAUGUUUCAAAUGGUUGGUGGUACAAAGGAUGCAGUACUUGCAAAAGGGGACUGAAAGCAACUUUCGAAGGCUUUGAAUGUACUAACUGUGAUGAAACGAAGCCAAUGAUGAUUCCCAGCUACAAGCUAAAUGUGGUGAUUAAGGACAGCACUGGUCGCGCAAAAAUAUUUCUGUUCGGAGGUGUAGUUGAGCAGGUUGUGCGGCGGACUGCCGAUGAACUUGUGGAAGAAAGCUCAUCCAAUCAGAUCUUACUGCCUACGCCCCUCCGCAGUCUUGUUGGCAGGAGGUAUGUGUUUCAAGUGGUUAUCAGUGAGCAAACCUUUAGAACUGGGCAGCUAUGUUUUCAUGCUAGGAAGGUGUUUGCUGGGGACCAACACAGUGGGGCUGAUGCCACUGGUCGUGAACCUCCAAAGGACCCUAGCGUUAAGUCUGCAAUAGGGACAGCAAGCACUACCUAUGGUAAAGAAACUAAAAAUAGUGCUUUUAGCUUAACUGAAGCCCCCAUAGAUCCAGAAGGGGGCUCCACACCACCUCAUGAAACUCACACAGUUACCACUGGAAAAAACUCAUCAACCAAGGGAAAGGAGGUUCUUUCUAGUGCUCAUGACAAGCCUGGAAGUCUUCUAGGUAAAAGAUCAAGGGCUGCUCGCAAGGAAUUGUUCUCUGCAAAAAAAGAAAAGGCAAGUGACGAGUAA